AUGGCAGGACACUCCCUUGUUACCACUGAUGUUGGCGACGGCGAUGUUGAAAGCUGCGGCGGUGGCAAAGACGACAGUAACCAUGACGGCAACGUCGAAGACGACCAUGAACAUGACGGCGACGUCGAAGACGACAAAGAGAAUGAAGUCGGCGUCGAAGACGACAGUGAAAAUGACGACGACAUCGAAGACGACAGUGACCGUGUGGACGACGUCGAAAACAACAAUAACAGCGACGUCAAAGACGACAGUGAAAAUGACGGCGACGUCGAAGACGACAAUAACAAUGACGACGACGACAUCGAAGACGACAGUGACCGUGUGGACGACGUCGAAAACAACAAUAACAGCGACGUCAAAGACGACAGUGAAAAUGACGGCGACGUCGAAGACGACAAUGACAAUAACAGCGACGUCAAAGACGACAGUUAA